CGCCAAGCAGCCCACGGCCUCAGCUCACGGCUUUCUUCUCCCCCCUACCCCUGCCUGGCUGCCUGCAUACCACCGCGAGACGAGCUCAGACUCCCCCCCAGCUAACUCGUAUACCCAAGGAAAAAGGACCCCCGGCGAUUAGGAAACUGACGAGGGGAGCAAGCAUGGGGAGGUCGCCGUGCUGCGAGAAGGCGCACACGAACAAGGGCGCGUGGACCAAGGAGGAGGACCAGCGUCUGAUCGCGCACAUCAAGGCGCACGGCGAGGGUUGCUGGCGGUCGCUGCCCAAGGCGGCCGGGCUGCUCCGCUGCGGCAAGAGCUGCCGCCUCCGCUGGAUGAACUACCUCCGCCCCGACCUCAAGCGCGGCAACUUCACCGACGACGACGACGAGCUCAUCAUCAAGCUCCACUCCCUCCUCGGCAACAAGUGGUCGUUGAUCGCGGGGCAGCUUCCUGGCCGGACGGACAACGAGAUCAAGAACUACUGGAACACGCACAUCAAGCGCAAGCUGCUCUCCCGCGGCAUGGACCCGCAGACGCACCGCCCCAUCAGCGCCGCCGCCGCCGCCGCCUUCCCGUCGUCUUCUCCGGCGCCGGCCGCGUCCAGGCUCGCCGGCGCGGCGUUCUCCGUCGUCCCGGCCAGCGCGGGCUUCGCUGGGCCGUCGCCGCCUUCGUCUGACGACGGCCACAGCAGCAGCGGCGGGAGCAGCGACGGCGGCCCACGGUGCCCCGACCUGAACCUCGACCUCGACCUGGACCUGUCCAUGGGCCUGCCGCCGCCCAAGACGCCAGCCGUGGUGUCGUCCACGCUCACUUCGCAUCCGCAUCCGCAGCAGCGGCAGAGCAUCUGCCUUUGCUACCACCUCGGCGUGCGCAACGGGGAGGCCUGCGCCUGCAAGACGGCGUCGCCGGCGGGGCCCCGCGCGUUCCGGUAUAUCAGGCCGCUGGAGGAGGGCCAGUACAUAUAGAGCAGUAGGCACUAGGCACCCACCCCCCAGAAAAAGACUCUGUAAAAAGCAUGAAAUGGGAAGAGAGGAAAUAGUUUCUUGUUGAGAUAUUCUCGUGUUUGCCUUUAUCCAAACUUGAUUAAUUAAUUUCUUAUGGCAUGUUUAGUGGAAUUUAA